UGCGCAAUUUUCGUGAACCCCGUCCAACGGACGGUCGAGAUCAUUCCUAGUAAAGACAGUCUACAGAAAGGGGCUUCGCAAAAUUUCACAGAGAGAGGGGGGAGAGAGAGAGAGAGCGCAAUAACGCAUAAAUUCAUGGCAAUUCAAGUUUUGGCCGGAAAACUCUCUCGCAGCUUCUCUAGGUCAAAGGUUUCCGCCCGAGUUUCUCAUUUAUAUGAUUCUAUCCAUUGUGCUCCUUAUAGCACCGAUCGAAUUAUUGAUGUUGGGCAGCCAACUCCGUCAUCUCAUCCUCAGCUACUAACGGAAGAUGAGAUCACCCCGGGAAUCACAAGUGCUGAAUAUACUUCAAGAAGAAAAAGACUUUUGGAGUUGCUUCCUGAUAAGAGCUUAGCUAUCAUUGCUUCUGCUCCCAUGAAAAUGAUGACUGAUGUUGUUCCAUAUACAUUCAGACAGGACGCAGAUUACCUCUAUUUUACUGGCUGUAUGCAACCGGGUGGCAUUGCUGUUCUAAGCCAUGAGCAUGGAUUAUGUAUGUUUAUGCCUGAUUCAAGUCCUCAUGAUGUGGCUUGGCAAGGUCAAACUGCUGGAGUUGAUGCAGCCUUGGAUUAUUUUAGGGCUGAGAAGGCAUAUCCAAUGAGCAAGAUCCAUAAGAUCCUUCCGGAAAUGAUGGGAAGUGCAUCUAGAUUGUUCCAUAAUGUAAAGACCGCUGUACCAUCAUAUAUGGAGUUAGAGCCAUUCCAAAGAGCAGCUAUCAGCAAAAAAGUGAAAGAUCUUUCAUAUUAUACUCAUCAAUUGCGGUGGAUAAAGUCACCGGCUGAACUUAAAUUGAUGAGGCAAGCUGCCUCAAUUACUUGCCAGGCCCUUCUGCAAACUAUGUUGCUGUCAAGGACGCAUCCAGAGGAGAGCAAGCUAUCAGCUAAAGUUGAAUUUGAAUGCAGAAUGAGAGGUGCACAGAGAAUGGCGUUCAAUCCUGUGGUUGGAGGUGGGGCGAAUGGAAGUGUUAUUCACUAUGCACGAAAUGAUCAGAAAAUUGGUGGUGGAGAUCUUGUUCUGAUGGAUGUCGGCUGUGAGUUGCAUGGUUACCUUAGUGACCUAACUCGUACCUGGCCGCCUAGCGGUAGCUUUUCCACUGCUCAGGGAGAACUAUAUAGUCUCAUACUGGAGACUAACAAGGAAAGCAUGAAGCUUUGCAAACCAGGUGCAAGCAUUCAGCAAAUACAUAAUUAUUCGGUUCAAAUGCUGAGGAAAGGAUUUAAAGAGCUUGGAAUUCUAAAAGAUGAGAGCAGCUUUUCAUACCAUCAGUUGAAUCCUACUGCAAUAGGUCAUUAUUUAGGAAUGGAUAUUCACGACUCCGCCACUGUUGGCAUCGACCGCCCUCUGCAGCCUGGUGUUGUAAUAACAAUUGAGCCAGGAGUUUAUAUCGCCCCCUCUUUUGAUGCUCCGGAUAGGUACCGAGGCAUUGGUAUUAGGAUAGAGGACGAAGUGCUCAUCACUGAUACUGGCUAUGAGGUAUUGACUGGAUCAAUGCCGAAAGAGAUUUCACACAUCAAGUCCUUGCUAAAUAUGGAUGGGAGUUCAGGAGCAGAAAUAACCCUGGAAGAGAGAGCGGCGAUCAGUUGAAGCUACCCCCAGAAAAUGAAGAAGAUAUCCUCACCUCAUGAUCAGAGAUGAGAUCAAAGAGCAGAGCAGUUUGAAACUCCAUAUAUAGCAGAAAAAGAGUUCUCUGGGAAUUUUAGUUGGUUUAUUAGUGAGAGAUGGGGCAAAAGAGGCAAGUGUAAUUUCUGUACUUAUGCUUACUCAUUCAUUUAGGAAUCAUAACAUUAUACAUAAAUUAGACUGGUCAUAAAUUACCUCCUGGUUUGAGAGUUUAUAUGGUUUACCUUAAUACCUUGCCCUGGAAA